UAUAUAUACAAUGGAAUCAAUACUGCAACAAUGAACGCCUUACUUGUGUAACUUGUUAUAAUCCUUUUUGUUUUUGCUUUCGUCUUUUACGCCCCGAGAUGGAGUGCAAAAAACGAAACAAUAAAAUCUUCGAGUCCUCCCAGGGUGACCCUCAUAUGCCGUAGUUCUGGAUGCGAGUUAGAUAGUAUGGGUACAGGUACAAGGCAUGCUGUCCGCUAUAACUGAGGGGCCCACUAUUUAAAGAGUUCCUUAUAAUAAUAGGUUCACUGGAACUUGCACUAGAAGAUGGUUCAGAAUCACGCCGCGGGAUCAUCUGCGCGUGCGCGUCCACUUUUAGACACGCGUAUCUAGUAGCUACACAGAGUCAUUUUUCAUUCAGAGAAACAUUGUCACUGACUGUAUAGAAGAAGCUUCAACUUUAGACUACUUAAACAGAAUGGGUCGUGGCAGCAAGCUGUUUCAUCGCAACAAAGUCACUGUCUUUGAGGAGAUUCACAAGGUGGAUUCUGUAGAGAAGAAAGAGAAAAAGAAGUCUCUCAAAUCGAUGAUGAAGGGGGUCCUAACAAAGCACAACAAAUGCACUGAUCCUGAAACAAAGCUCAAAGAAGAGCAGGAGGCCGAUUAUAGAGUGUACCUCUCUCAAAAGGAAAAGAUUGCUGAGCUCCUGGUCAAAAUGAAAUGGAUGGAGAGAAAGCAAGAAGGAAAGGAGAAGAGAAUCGAAGACAUGGAGGACAAGCAACUCACUUUUGAUGAAAGGAUGCAGCUCAAGGCUCUCAAGAACAGCUCGAAGAGGUUGGAGGACAAAAUAUUUGUCGUGAACACUGAGCUCCGACGACGACGAAUCACCGUCAACCUGGUUGGGAUCGAUGUCAGCAAAAAGAAGGCAUCUUCAAACGAGACACCUGAACCAGAGUUCUUAGCACCAAGGUGCUGGGAGGAAAACAGAUAUUCCACAGACCGGUACACCGUGCACUUGGAUCCAAAGCAAGCAGCGAGCGCCAAACAAUACAUGGAUAUGUCUGUUACCCAGAAGGACAGAGUGUAUGAGCUCAAAGAAAAGUUGGCGUGGAUGGAAAGCAAAUGUAAAUGGAAGCAAGACAGAAUCUUGGCCAUGAAAAGAAUGACAGAGAGCCUGAAUUUUGAUCAGAAAAUUCAACUUAAAGGACUCAAAAGCAGCUUGAAGAGGCUUGAGAAUGCGAUUACUAUAGUUAAGCAGCAAGUGUCACGACGACUAGACACAGUUAGCAAAGCUGAAGAAUUCCACAAGAAACUGGUGGCACUGUAUGUACCUAACCACUCAGUGGAAGGGAGCUCAACUCUACUAGAUAUUGAACUGGAAAAUUGAACGUGAAAAUUGAUACCUUCUAGUUUCUGCACAAAAUGUAUACUGUUCACUUUUCUGUCAUAAUUAUUAUGUUCACUCCAAAAAUUAGGGUGCACAGCCAUGCAUGACAGUUACAGCAGUUACAUUUUGAUACUUGAUUAUAAUAACCCGUUUUUCAAUACAGUACCACAACAUAAUUAUUUUAAUCGUGAUGGGUGAAGUCGUCUAAUGGGUAAAAAAAAAGAAGCAGCAGCUAUAUAUAGAGAGCGAGUUUUGAUCAGAAAUUCAGCUAACUACAUCAAUAAGAGCUAUAAUUAUAGCAAGUUGAAGAGAUACCUGCACCGAGUAUAAUUUAAGUGCUCUUAAUUGACGUCAUGGUCCUCAUGGAUAGUGCAUGUAUUUGUUACCCAGUGAGUGGGUAGAUCAAAGCAAUCCAGUGCUUCAGUUACCAAGCAGGCAAGUAGUCGUGUUGCUUUCCGAAUAGAUACAUCUGAUACACGUGAUACACGGUACUACGUUCGAUGCUCCUCCUCUUUUAAUACGGGCGCUUGCUAAUAAAGUCUGACUAUCUCUGGCCAUGAAAAGUCAUUAUACUUUCAUUCUUACAUACUAAGUGAAGCGUUUAUGUUAUCCACCUGCUCUGGUUCUUCUCGUCUCUAAAAUGCUAAUUGUUCGGGUAUGACGCUGUAAAAGCCUGGCAAUUGGCAAUCGAAAGAGUCUUACGUUCGAAACCAAAUAAUAUUACCGUAUUACUAGAAUGUUUUGCGAGCAUCAAAACAUUUGCAAACUUUGCGAGGGUUGAUCAAUUCACAACAAUAAAAAUCGCAAAACCUAAAUUAUUACUAGUAAAAUACUCACGGUCCUUUGCCAGAACGCAAUAGUUAGAUCACAAAGGGCCAACAUUUCUGCUGAUUUGGCUCAUUCGCAUAGGUUUUUCACCCGCAAAAUAUUCUAGUAAUCAAAACUAAAAAACAUUUGCAAUGUGAACGUUGCUAGGAUUGCCAGGAAAAGAAAAGCGCGAAAAAGCGAAGAAACAAGAAAUUCGGCGAGUGCAUAACUCCAAUCCGUUACAACUUCAUUCACGUGUACUGUUUCAAUAAGUUAUAAUUAUUAUUUUUGUUUCGGUACUUUUCCUGGCCAAUCCUUUCACAUUGCAAGUAAUAAUUAUAGUGAUGUUAAUUAUGUGCAUUUUUUGCAGGCUAUAGUUAUGUGUUUAUGACUCCCUUACAGUGUUGAGCAAACACGCAAGUGUUGGAUGUGUGGGUGGAAGUAUUCCAAGUUAUUCAUGACCAGCAGAUAAAGACCAAUGACUGUGUAUUUACCCAACCUGUAUUUCGAUUUUAAAAUUCCUUAUCAACAGUAGGUACAUGUUCAUGACGUUGUAACGGAUUGGAGUUAUGCACUCGCCGAAUUUCUUGUUUCUUCGCUUU